UUUGUCUCUUCAUGUCAAUAACAUCAUGUGAUUUCUUGCUAUUCCCCUCCUCUCCCUCUAGCAUUGAGCUUCAGUCAGUGCACAGAGAGUGGGAAGAAUUCAAACAUUCAUUAGAAACCACUAGAAUUACCCCAGAUGCUCAGAUGAAACAAUCUAUACUUUAGAAUAAACUACUUUAUUAAAAAGGCUUCUGCUGGAUUCAAAGUAACUCAAAGGAAAGGGGUAGCCAGGAGCUCCCCAGAGACCCUGGAGCUGUGGUGACAUUUGUUACAUAGACACAAGAUCAAGUUAUAGUGAAGAUGAAGGUUCUUUCAUUCUGUCCUAGCUCUGCAGUGAGCUCCUCUCUGCCUGGUUUGAUCAUUUUCUUCAUUACUUUUCACAUUCACAAGCUGGAAUCAGCCCAGUUCAAAGUGACCGGUCCUGGUCACCCUGUCACUGCCAGGAUGGGUGAGGCCAUUGUGUUACCCUGUCACCUGUCCCCCAGGAUGAGCGCUGAGAACAUGGAAGUGAAAUGGUUCCGAGCUGAGUUCUCUUCCGUUGUGCACCUGUAUCAGCAUGGGAAGGAUCAAUAUGGGAACCAGAUGCCAGACUAUCGUGGAAGGACAGAGCUUUUGAAAGCUGGCAUCACGGAUGGGAAUGUUUCCUUGCAAAUUCUUAAUAUCAGACGCUCAGAUGAAGGACAAUACCACUGCUUUGUUCAAGAUAAUUUUUUUUAUGAAGAAGCCCUAUUGGAACUGAAGGUAGCAGGGAAACACCUUAAAGAUAGCAAGGAAGGGGUUACAGAAAUUGAUGAUUUUCAACGAGAACUUGACUGGAGAAGAAACAUCGUCUGCCCAGGGCUGGGAAGUUCUGUGCCACCUGUACAAGAAGGUAACUGAAGUUCAGAUUCUAUCAAUG